UUAUGUUCUGCCCGUUCUAUUGGUGGAAAUGAAACGUUCGUAAUGCAUAAAUAGUGUUAUUCUGUACGUUGCUUGAUAAAAGGCUGUAUGAGAUAUCAGCAGGUUCCUUACAGUCAUCGUCAGGGGAUAUGCCAGUCAUUUUGGAGCCCAAGAAAAAAAUAAAGAGCCAGUACGUUACCAAAAACCAUUAGCAGAGGUGAGGGAAAACUAAGGGCAACAUGGUCAUACACUGUGAGAAGGAGAGAGUGAGUGAGUUCAAAAAUCUAAAUCUUUCAGAAUCUGAAGAGCAGCCGUCUUGGUAUUGUUGAUGAAGUUGGUGCUAGUAUUGUAACUUUGUUGAAGAAAGUGGCACUGCAACAUGAACUGAGAGAUAGAGGGAAGUGAAGGUCUGGGGGGUUUGGUGGGUAUGGCCAAUGCUUAAAUCCCUUGAUUUUCUGCAUUGCCUGGCCCUACGCUCGGAGAAGGUUGUCAUAUUGCUGUAAAUUUGAUUUCUUCAUCCACUCACAGCUCUAUUCAGGACUCUAGGUUUUCAACAAUGUGCCUUUCCCCUUUAAUCUUCAAAUAUGACAUGCUUGAAAAUUACCACACCUAUGCCUGUGAUCAAAAGAAAAUGUCAGCAGAAGAAGGAAUCAGUGCUUAUCUUUGACCCCUGCUUAAAUCAUUCAUGCAACAUAUGGUACUCUAGUUUGGAAUAAGCUAGGCGGCUCUGGUGGCAUCUUUGUUUGGUGGAAUUCGUUAGUCAAGUUUUUAUGGGUUCAAGAUUCCCAUCCCAUCAACUCAGUAAUGGGCUUUAUGUCUCAGGUCGGCCUGAGCAGCGUAAAGAGAAGCCAAUUACAAUUAGUUCCACAGCCAUACCCUAUACAGGCGGAGACAUUAAGAAAUCUGGAGAGCUUGGGAAAAUGUUUGAUAUUCCUGUAGAUGGUUCAAGGUCAAGGAAGUCCGGGCCUAUAUCUGGUGCCCCUUCGAGAACUGGAUCUUUUGGUGGUGCUGCUUCGCAUUCAGGGCCAAUCACAAACUCGUCUACAAGGGCUGGCUUCUCUACAUCAGGUCCUGUUUCAGGUGGUUUGGUUCCAGGUUCAGUUCAAGUGCCUAUGAGACAGAAGUCCAACUCUGGUCCACUAAAUAGAUAUGGAGAUCCUGUUAAGAAGUCAUCUGGACCUCAACCUAGUUGUCUCACACAAGCGGUACGCCAGAACUCUGGUCCUCUUACCCCAGUGCUUCCUACAACCGGGCUUAUAACUUCAGGGCCCAUUUCUUCAGGGCCACUUAAUUCAUCUGGUGCACCUCGCAAGGUCUCUGGCCCAUUGGACUCUCUUGGAUCAGUCAAAUUGCACACUGUAUCUAUGACUAACCAUCAAGCUGUUACUAACCUCGGUCAUGAUAUUGACUACUCCUUUAGCAGGAGCUUCCCAAAGUCAGUCUUUUGUUUACUGAUUCUACUAUUUGUAAUGGGAUUUAUAGCUGGUGGAUUCAUUCUGGGAGCUGUUCAGAAUGCCAUUCUGCUCAUUGUAGUAGUGGUCCUCUUUGGGGCAGUUGCUGCAGUCUUCAUUUGGAACACAUGUUGUGUGAUAAGUGCAGUUACAAGUUUCAUUGUGCAGUAUCCAGAUGCAGAGCUCAGAACUGCUAAAAAUGGGCAGUAUGUCAAGGUCUCUGGGGUCGUUACCUGUGGAAAUGUUCCACUUGAGUCAUCAUUCCAAAAGAUUCCUAGGUGUGUCUAUACUGCAACAAGCUUAUAUGAGUACAGAGGAUGGGAUUCAAAAGCUGCUAAUCCAACACAUCGUCGCUUUACUUGGGGACUUAGAUCUUUGGAGAGGCAUGCAGUCGACUUUUACAUAUCUGACUUUCAGUCAGGAUUGAGAGCACUAGUGAAAGCUGGUUAUGGUGCUAAAGUGACUCCCUUUGUUGAUGAAUCUAUUGUUGUUGAAGUAAAUCAGAAGAACAGAGAAUUGUCUCCCGAGUUUGUUAGGUGGUUGGGGGAAAGAAAUCUGUCAAGCGAUGAUCGUAUCAUGCGUAUGAAAGAAGGGUACAUCAAAGAAGGGAGUACGGUCAGUGUAAUGGGUGUGGUCCAAAGGAAUGAUAAUGUGCUCAUGAUCGUUCCACCUGAUGAUGCGUUCCCCACAGGAUGCCAGUGGACUAAAUGCUUCUUCCCUACCAACCUAGAAGGGAUUGUGUUAAGAUGUGAGGACACAUCGAACAUCGAUGUCAUACCUGUGUAGUUGAUUUGGUCUUUAGAUAUGCAAAUACUGUUUCCAAGGCAAUGAGAGAAAUACUUUGUAUA